CUUAAUUACUUGUUUACUCGGGAUCUCGCGGUCCCGUGGGGGGCGCUGCGGGCAUGGGGGUGGGUGGAUUGCAUGCAUUCCUUUAGGAACUGGUGCUGGCAGAUCGGCACGGUGGGCUGCGGCAACUGGGUAGCAGCCUGUGUAUGUUCCUGGGGGUGGGGUUGCUAUACAUCACAUUUCUCGAGGGUCUCUCGGACCCCUGGAAUUGGCAAGGCUGUGAGAGGGAGUCGUGCCGGGUGGGGUGAACUCUUGUGAUUAAUGCAGCGGUUUGACUGCAGGAGGUUUUUCAGCCUUAUGGGGGCGGGGAAGAAGGGGCGCAGCGCUGCGGGAGACUUAGCUGUGUUUUCCUUGGGCCGCUCAGACAGAGGGAAAAGCUGCUGAAGACUGCAGAAGUGGAGCAGGUUGGGCUGUGAGUGUGGCACCUGAUGGAGGAACUUGGGGGAGGGAGGCAAAACCAUGGCCUUGGACCUUCUGGGCCUGGUCAGAGGUCUAGUAGGGGAAGUAGGGAGGUUGCUCAGUGACCAGGCUCAGCUUGGCCAAGGGGACUUUGCAAAUGCCAGCACAGUUGUCUGGGGAGGGAUUAUGGGUGGAAGCAUGGCACUGGGUCCUAGUCCCUUUCUCCAGGGUGCCAGUUCCACCCUGGCCUGAAGGUGGGGGGAAGAGAGGUUGUCUCUGAGACCACCCUGCAGGUAGAUUGACUGAGGCUGGAAGUGUGGAGAAGACCUGCAGGGAGAUUUGAGGGGAACCCUGAAAAAGCUUCUCUGGUGCUGGGGUGAGUGAAGUGGGUCCCAGUGCCCUACAAGGCAUGGGAGUGGUGGCAAGACACUGUGCCCUAUAGGAGCAGAGACCCUUUGAGAAUGGAUGGAUUUGUGGUGGCUGAGGUAGGUAGGUGUGCAUGAAUGCAUGCAUGCGUGCGUGCAUGCGUGUGUGAAGGGGUGUUUAGUUGCUGAGCAGCUAAUAUAUGGAAUUGUUUUCAAUAGUGAGUCAGGAGACUUAGGGCCUAGUCCUGGCUCACCUUGCCUUGUGACCUUGGACAAGUAUGUUGGUUUCCUACAGCUUCAAUUGUUCCAUUUACAAACCUGGGCUCAGUAACACUGUUUUGCCCCUUAUUCAAGGGUGUUGUGAGAACAGUGAGAAACUGUUUCAGAAGGACAUAACAAGUGACCUGGGAUGACAAUCUUUAAAACAUGCCUGCUGGGGAUGUUUGCUGAACACCCAUUGUGGUGCUCAGCCUAUGGACCAGACCCGGCUGGUUGGGAGCUCUUGCUUUGGCUCAGUGACCUGUAACGUUUCAAGUGUAUGAUUCGUCUUGUUAGACAGAGGGGACUGCCUUUAAUGUUUAACCCAGGGAGGUCACUUUCAAGUUUAUGGGGGUUUAUUUUGCUUCCUUCUUUAAGCCAUCCGUGACCUUCCUUCCUGCAGGUUUCAGGUCACCUCCUACCCUUGAGCAUCUGAACGGAGAAGCUGCUCCUGAGAAGUCCCCAACAAUAUUUAGCCCAUGUUUUCUGUGUUGCAGGCACGGGGAUUGAUGUGUUUUUGUAAUGGAAGGUAGCUCUCUGUUCUUGAGGUGCUGGGUUCGGAGUCAGAGGUAGCAUGACCACCCUAUCCAGGGUGAUAAUGAAGGGCACAGGGCUAGGCAGCAGACUGCAAGGGGAUGCCAGAGAGGGAAGGGCGGUCUAGGAGGUAAUGGCUCUUGAGAAGAGCCAAGGACGACAGGCUGUGAUGAAACGAAGCUGGGGUUUGUUGGAAGUGAGUGAUUCAAAAGGUUGGAGAAUGACUGAGCCUGGGUCUUCCUUGAUCCCCCUCUCUGCUUCUGCUUCUACAGGGACUGGUGAUUGCAUCUGGAAGUGCUCAUGACAGAGCUGGUGUCCUCCAAGGGAGGGUCUCCUACGGGGGACGGGGAGGAGAGUCUAGGGGACGAUCAAGGUCUGGUUAUUCACCACCCGGCGGAGGAACAGUCCCACCGCUGCCCACUGUGCGGCCAGACCUUCUCCCAGCAGCCCAGCCUGGUGCGGCACCAGAAGGCGCACGUGGGGGCGGGUCGCGCCGCCGCCUUCGUGUGUCCCGAGUGUGGCAAGGCCUUCAGCGUCAAACACAACUUGGAGGUGCACCAGCGCACACACACCGGCGAGAGGCCCUUCCCUUGCCCCGAGUGCGGCCGCUGCUUCAGCCUCAAGCAGAACCUGCUCACGCACCAGCGCAUCCACAGCGGCGAGAAGCCACACCAGUGUGCUCAGUGUGGUCGUUGCUUCCGUGAGCCACGCUUCCUGCUCAACCACCAGCGCACCCACGCGCGUAUGCCCACGCCGCACCCGCGCCGUCCCGGUGUCUUUGGGGAGCGGCGACCCUACUUCUGCCCCCGCUGCGGCAAGAGCUUCGCACGUGAGGGCUCGCUCAAGGCCCACCAGCGCAGCCAUGGCCAUGGGCCUGAGAGCCAGGCGGCCCAUUUAGGCCACGUGCUAUGACCUAUGGAAGGCCUGCCACCAUCAACUGCCUCCAAUUCAGGAGUCACAACCAAGGGUGCUGAGUUGCUCCCUCUCUGGAUGGGCUUAUGGGAGAGAGGCAGGGCCAGCCUACUUGGGGUGUUGAAAGGGCUUGAGCCAUCCCCUUUCCUUCUUCCCCCUGGACCCUUUGGCUGGUUGCAUGAAUCUGCUUUGGGCACCUGGUUUGCCUCCUCAGGCUCCUAGAGCAGGUGAGCCCCAUAGGGUUGACCCGAGUCCCAUGGGGUGUGGGAGUGGUGGGCCUGAGAAGUGGGUGCGCGGUGUUGGCUCUUCAGGUCAGGAGCGGCCCAUUCGGCCUGUGUUGGUCUCCAUGACGACUUGACUUCUUGCUUAUCUCAUCUUCAUUCCCAGCAUGUCAGACUUGAAAACGACCCGGAGAGGGCCACUUUCCACAGUCCCCGGGCCAAAGCUCGGUCCCCAAAGCCUCAGCCUCCUGAAACCACUGCCUGGUGGCCUUGAGAAGCCAUUUCACUCCACGUCUCAAUUGCUUAUCUACACAAUGGUCAGGACCUCGUGACCCAGGACAUGCAGGGCACAUCUGUGCAUGGAGACCAAAAAUGAAGUCCCAUGGGGUCCUGGCAUCCUGGCAUGAGAAUGUGUCUCCUCAGAAGACCUACCUCUGGAGGUGCCCUGUGUUGGUAAAGCUGGCAAUUAGAGGCUGGGUCCAGGCCUUGGUGGAAAAGUUACAGCUGGGCAAGCCUCCUUUUGGCUUCCUGACCCUAGAGUUCAACUCACGUGUGGAGACAGCGCCUGUGUGGAGAGCUGGCUUUCUCUCUUCCAGCCCGGCCCACCACUUGGUUGAAGGGCAGAGACAAGAAGCGACCGGUCUGAGUUCUCGCAGCAAGUUGAUGGCAGACCCGGCUUGAGAGACAAAACUUCCCUCAAGAUGUGAGCAGCACCCAAAGGCUCCUGUGCCCUUUCUGAACUAGAAUGGUUAAGACUUCGGGGACAUGUGACCCUUUAAAUUCUGAUGGAGGCUGUGGCCCUUCUGGGAGAAUUCACAUACUCAUGUAGCUCCCACAAUGCCAGGUAGUCUCAGGAGCCUCACGACUCCAGACUGAAGACCUGAGCCCUGGGCGGUUCAUCUGCCAUCCUUUUCUUACUCCAUACAGGUGUGUCUCUCCUCCUGGUCUCUUCUGGUUUGGGAAUAAAGACUUCUGAGGCUGAGCCCCUUUUAGUCCGUCCAUCCCGUCCCCCCAGUCUAGCAAUACAUCUGGUUUCUAGAACCCGAUCUCCCUCCCCCAGCAUUGCCCAAGGCUCCUGGGUUUGGCUGCUUUCUCCAUUUCUAUGACUGACAGACUGUGGGAUUUUACAAUGGAGCCUUGUAAGGCUAAAAGGCUCGGCUUGGCCUUGGCUCUGAUUUCACUGUGGAGUCUCAAGGGGAGGCUGCACUGCUGAAGGAUUGGUGAAUCAUUUGCUCUGUGUCUGCCCCAGGGAGUAGGGAUCCUGUUUCCUUUAGCCACAUGCAACCAAUCAGGCCUCUUGGCUGCCCAGGUGUAUGGCUCCAGGCAGGCAUCACCUGGGAAUGUGAGGGUAGAAAGGCAACAGAAGCCCUGGGUCUAGGCAGAGGGAGAAACCUGUGGAGUUGUGUGUGUCCCAUAAGUAAGCAGGGGUAAAGGUAGGGGAUGUGGGUCUUGGGUCACUGUUGGUCAAGGACUCCUGUCUCCACAUGUGAGCAAGUCAGCUGGGGGGCCACAGAUGUUUCUCUUCCCCAAAAUGAACCACCCAUUAGGAAAGGGGGGCUCCCUUUCCUGUACUAGGACUUGCUAGAAACCUGUGGAUUCCUAACCUAGGGUCUUACUGCCUGCAUCUCCCAUGCACAUUCUUAAUGAACCCCUAUGCCUUAUUCUGGGGUCACUGAGUGCAGGGGAGGCAGUCUCCACACCCCAGGAGCUUUCAUGCAUCUCUUUUCCUUGGCUAAUCUAGAGGAGACCCUCAGCUAAUUGCCCAGCUUGUCUCUUCCCUGCUGUGACUCUGUCAUGCCUUCCCCUGUUCUGCUCUGAAACCUUCAUCUCCCCACCCACCAAACCUCCCUUCCUUAUUCGCCAGGGCUGAGCCUCCCAGCCCACCCGGCCUUUGCUCUCUCUGUACCACACUCACGUUAACACGCGGCGUCUCCCUUGUGUACUGUGAUGUGUAGUCUUGUGCUCACUGCUUCUGUGUCGUAUGUAUGCGUGCUGUUUGUACACAUGUGCACCUUGGACCCCCAACUAAACUGUGAGCUCCCUGAGGGCAAGGGGCUGUCAUUUCUUCUUCAGAUCCAGGUGGGUCUAGCACAGGGCUGGGCUCCUAACUCUCAGGAAGACACUUGUCAACGGGCUGAUGAAAUUAAUGUUGGAGGCUGGGGUGGUAGCGGGAGGGGAGCAAGGGUGGAGCACACGUGUAGCUAGCGGUGCAUUGGGUUGAGUGGUGGGCUGGCUCCUUGGAUCAAUAACGGACGCUCGAGGGCCUCAGGGUAGAAGCAGAAGGGACACCCCGCCCCUCAACACGCACCAUGCAUACACAGGAGUGCACUUGAAUGGAUGUUCACAUUGGAUGUU